GUGGUACUUGAAACGGCUGUCAGGCUCCAUUCUCUCUGAAAGCCACAGUGAACAGCGUGGUACUCUCAGCAUGGCAUCUGAAGAGCUGGCGAGGAAGCUGCAGUCACGACUGGCCGCUACGCAGGAGGCUGAGCCGAGGCCGGAACCCGAACACAGCCCGGUCCGACCCAAACCGCAGGAGGCCGAUGGAGCCUGCGGCGACUCGUCCUCCGAGCUGUCCGCGAUACUGACCCGCAGACAGGACAUCAAUGAGGGCAACGCUGCUCCUCGACUGACCCGUGUCUUCAACCCCUACACGGAAUUCAAGGAGUUCUCCCGUAAACAGAUUAAAGACAUGGAGAUGAUGUUCAAACGGUAUGACACUGGUAAAGACGGCUUCAUCGACCUGAUGGAGCUGAAGCUAAUGAUGGAGAAGCUGGGAGCUCCACAAACCCACCUGGGCCUGAAGAACAUGAUCAAAGAGGUGGACGAAGACUUUGAUGGCAAGCUGAGCUUCAGGGAGUUCCUGCUGAUCUUCCGGAGAGCAGCUGCUGGAGAGCUGCAGGAGGAGAGUGGUCUGAUGGCUCUGGCCAGGCUGUCCGAGAUCAACGUCUCCACGGAGGGAGUGAUGGGGGCCAAAGACUUCUUUGAAGCCAAGAUGCAGGCUCUAUCUAUGGGCAGCAAGUUUGAGGCUGAGAUUCGAGAGGAAAAAGAAGAACGCAAGAGACAGGAAGAGGAGAAAAAAGAGAGACAAGCCGCCUUCAAGCAGCUGCAAUCCACCUUCUGUUCAUGACCCUCCACAGGAGAUAACAAUCCUGACAUGCACAGUCAGUGUUACUGACAUUUUAGAAACAGCUUCUCAUUCCACUUACACUUUAAUCAAUGGCAUUGUUCAGAAUUUGGGACGAUAUAACAAAAAUAGCAAGAUGCAUUAAAGUAAAUACUUGAAAAUACCUCAUAACAUGUCACAGGCAAGGUUUAUUCAUUCCAGACUUUCUGCAACUGUUCCACAGAGAGCAAUAAGGCAAAAACACAACUUCAGAUGUAUUGGGAAAAGAUUUAGUGAAUUCUCCAAAUUCAUGGAAAUAUCAUAGAUUUAUUGUGCAUUACUGUGGAAUUUGUCUGUGUCCCUCUGUAAAAUAACUGGACGUUUUCACCUUGAGGGAAUUUUACUUGUUUAGGCAAAGUUAAGCUGUAUGUUCUGCAUAUGUUGUUUGUGUAUGUUGUUUUUAAUUUCAUGUUACAAUUAGGUCAUGUGGUCGUGUCAAAAGAUCUUCUGAUCCUCAAUUUGUUAAACUGUUACAGUGGGUGUCAUUAAAUGGACACCUACUCUACAACCUGCAAUGUAAUAGAACUAGUAUAGUGAUAGAUGAUAAUAUGAAUAACUGCAUCAUAAUAGAAUAAUCUUCUAAGUAUUAACAUCACAUAGUGUGGAAAUGAAGCCUUAACUAAACAGGCCGUACGUUUCAUCCACAAAAGGUACACUUUUGAUAUUGUGCCCAAAAUCCUAGAAUUAACCACUAAAAUUCAACUGUGAACUGUUAAUUUUCCAAACCAGGCAGGUUAUGAUUAACUUUUAGUAAAUGGGUUUCUUUGCUCUCUUUCUGAGAGAGAGAUUAGAAGAUUGAUACAAGGUUAGCCUAGCUUAGCAUAAAGAUAGGAAGCAAUGGGAAGCAGCUAUCCUGUCUAAAAAAGUUCAUUAACAUGUUAUAUCUUGUUUGUUCAAUCUGUAAACACGCAGACAUUUUAACAGUUUGUAAUUUUACUUGCACUUAAGUGUUGGAACUGUCUUGAUGAACAAUAGUUUACUAGUAGAUGAAAAUAUCAAUAUCGAUGAAUAUCAAACCUCUAAAGUUUACUCAUUUGGAAGAGCCAUGCUAGCGGUUUCACCCCGUUUCCAGCCUUUGAGCUAAGCUAGGCUAACCCUGUCCUGUCUCCAGCUCACCUCAUCUCACGCUAAGAAAGCAAAUCAACUUAUUUUCCAAAAUGUUUAACAGUUCCUUUUAAAUGUUUACUCUGUGUCUAAACCCGAGUCAACAACAGCACACUGCAUUUAAACUGCAUUAGUUAAAGCACACGGUAAGAUUAAAGAUGGAUGGACAGCUUCUGAUGACAGCAUGUUUACCUGUUGUACCAGGGUUUCUCAACCUUGGCUUGUGAUUCUGUUUUUAGGAUCUAAAGUCUCAUGACCCCAGCAAUUGCACAGUUAAUUGGUUUUCACGUGAAUUUGAGUAUGGUGUAGUUUAAUAUUCUGUUUCAAGAGCAUGCAGUGCAAGUGACUUAUGUAAACUAUAUAUUAUAUAUUUGUUAUCAAUUUAGCUUAUUUUACAUGUACAUUUGAUCAAUAUGAGACAACCCUGUAUACAAAGAACAUGACUGAUGUGUGGUCCCAGUCUUAAGGUUGGGACUCUUGGGAAAUUGCAGUCAGGCUUCAGGUGGUUCAACUCCAAAACAGUAGAGCUGCAUCUAAACUGUAGGUAUGAUAGUGCUCUCUGUACUGGAAUCCUUCUCCUUCAGUCUGCUUUAGUCUGUGUGGAUCGGGAACACUGAAUGAAUGGUCAGCAUUUAUUUUAAACAGACACUUUGAUGGGUUACACACUGUGAUGUAAGACUUUAUAUUGUAGAGUCUAAUUUGUAGCUCCUCAAAGCGUACGUGUUGUGGGUUUGAAAGUGGUAUUUUAGUUAUUUAGUAUUGCACUUUCAUAAAGUUAAGGGACUUGCAAAAUACAAUCUUUUUAAAAAGACAAAACUAGUCAAAGUGUCAACACUGGAUCCUACAUUCCCCAUAAUGCAAUGCUUGAUAUAAUCUUUGAUAAGAGAGAGGCAUCUAGAGCACAGCGCCCCCUGGCUACCCAGAAGGGGAAACUAGACAUCCAACUAAAGUGGACUGUAGUUCUUCUUUGCCUCCAACUACGGCACUGUCACGUCAAAUGACACUUCUGGACACUUCUCUGUCAAUAUAGCACACACUGCAGAAUUUAUUGCUUCAAUUAACUACAUUUACCAUCAAUGCCGAUUGGACAUCCACAUAAAAAGUGGCACAUUUCUCUUUUAUGACUGUUUUCACAGGCUGAAGAGUACUAAUCUACUACUGUGUCAAAUCAGUAGAGUGCCUCUUUAAUGUGACCAUUGAGUCAUUAAUAUGCAUACUGUGUGCUUAAUCUGCCCACUAUCUACUCCAGUUCAGCAUCUGUGACUAAAUAUCCCUACUUGAGCUUAUGUAGACAGUCUCCCCUUUCAGGGUUCUUUUAAAAUGAACAUGUUAAUACCGAAUACAUCAGAAUGGGUCAGCAUGAGGGUCCCACUCUCAAGGCUGCUCCGCAUGUAGCAAUUUCCAGAAGGAGCUGUUUAUAUUUUAGAGAGUGAACAAAGCCCUGGUGCUGCUGACAUGAACAAACUGCAACAGUUAGCUUCUCCCUUUAGCUUCAGUGCAUCUUCCCACUCAGUAGAUCUCCAAGUCAGGAAAUCUGUCAUUUCUUCAUGAUGUGGUCUUAAUAAAUCUCAGUAUCUCAAGAUUAGUCUACUGCAUGUCAAGUCUAACUUAAGCUCGGAGUGUGUAACACCUGUUGGCAGCUUUGCGAUGUGAUCAGCACUAGCUAAUAAAGGGGGUUGUGAUGCUGAAAGGAAGAGCUCAAUAUUUUGGGAAAUACAUGUGUUAGCUUUGUUUCAGAGAGUACGAUGAAAAUAUGGAUAUUAAUGUCAUGUUUGUGUGUUUAGUACAGAGCUGCAGUCAGGAUGUAGUUAACUUAGUUCAGCAUUAAGAUUAGAAGAAGGGGGAAACGGCUAGCUUGGCUCUGUCCAAACUGAAGAAUACACCUACCAACACCUGUAAAGUUCAGACACUUUUUUUAUUUAGUUUGUUAAAGCACAUUUUGUGGUUUUAGGGAAAGUGAGUGCAGUAACUGUAGGGAGUAAUGGCUGUGCACAGCGUCACAGGGUUGUACCUGUCCAGAGACCCACCCAGUGCUCGACGACUAUCAUGCGAUCUGCACUCCCAACAAAGAUGCUACACUUAAUUGAUAGGCGGAUGGAUAAAUUGUUGUUCAUCAAAAAAUAGUUCCAGCGUGCAUCUGCCCCUGAAAGUACACAUUGUUUUACAUUUCUGUUUAUAUACAGUUCAAAGCGUGGUAAUCAGUGAGCUUAAGAGGUGUUGGUCGGUGUAUUUUUGAACAGCAGACUAGCUGGUUCCCCUGCUUCAGUCUUUACACUAAGCUAGGCUAACCAUGUCCUAACUCCAGCUCUGCAGCCUACUUUACACACGUCUUUGUGUAAAUGACCCUUCUUCUUCAACCUUGGGUGUUUGUCUGCUUAGUGUUUCACGUCAGCUUUAAUAGAAACACAGAACCUGCUCUCUCCUACACCUGAAUGCUGCCUGAGACAAAGAUUGUCUUGGUACAGGAGUGUAUUUGAGGUUUAUAUACAAAUGUAAUGUACUGAUAAUAAAGAAGUAUGAGUAAGAGCUCUGUCCCUAACCCUUCACACAACUGUUCGACAACUUUGGUGUCAUUUGAGUUUUGUAACCCAAAAAUGGAGUCACAGGCCUGAAAAAGCUGAAACGUUGACCUAAACAGUGCUUAUUGUUGAGUGCAGUUCAUGUAUCUGGCCCUUUAUUUACUCUGUACUAAUGUAUUUACGUUGAAGCAUGUUCAAGUUGUACAAAACUACUGUACGUAUCACAUACCUUCUUCUGUAUUUGUUGUGGAAAUUGACAAUGUAUUUUUUCAUGAAUAAAAUACUAUAUAUUGUUAUUUGUUUUAGCAGAGAAUUAUAAGUUGCCAAAUCUAAAAAAAGGUCAGUGAAAUAUAUUUUUGGGCACUUGUAAAGAUAUUGUGUUGUUAUACUCUCUGUCAGAAUGAAAGUUUGACUUAAUUGCAAUAAAGCAUAAAUAAAACUGAUAUUAAAAAAUA